AUGGCCACUGCCGCAAAGUUUGACCAGGAUAAAUCUGGUAAGAAAGUUGAUAUCUCAAGCUAUCGAGGAAAUGUUGUAUAUGAUAGUGAUUUCGCAGAUCAUAGAAUUGUGAAGUGUAUCUCUCAGUUAUGCCUUCAGAACUGGCCUACUCCUGCAAUUACGUGGGCUAGCACACCUGCCGCCCACAAGGAUGCUGUGUGGGCAGAAUUCCAGAAACGUUACAAGUGGGAAGAUGAGAACAGUGCAACGAUUUCUACUAUAUUUUGGCAGAAGUGUGCUGCCCGCACUAAAGAUAAUUUGUCAAAAGAACGCGCGAAAGCCCUGUACAAUGCUAACAUUGACUAUCCAACUCAAGGAGGAGAGUUGUAUAUGCAUAAGUAUAACCCCUGGUGGUGCAGCGCUCAUAUAUGGACUCAGAUGUGUGAAAAAUGGACGGAAGAAGACUGGCUGAAGAUGAGUUCUACUGCCUCUAGUAACAGAUUAGCAGGUGGUCAAAAGGCCAAAGGCACAUAUAAGGGCGGCAGUAUUUCUCAGUUGCAGCAUAUCACUACUAAGGAGUCUCAGUCCCCGGGAGUUUCUAUUGACUGGGUGGAUGUUUACGUGGCUACUCGUGAUGGUCUGCCAGAUGCUAUUAAUACAGCGGAAAAUUAUCGUCGUUUGUUUGAUGAGCGCUAUCCUGAGGGCACUGAGCGUCCUGAUUUUGAUCAGGAGUUGUGGGAGACGGCUUCUAUUGUGAAGAAAAAUUAUGUCAAAGGUCAAGGACAGCGACAACGCCCAUCCUUUAGUGGCUCAUUCAAUGGCUCAGGUAGCACUCAAUCUUCGCAGUCAUCAAGCCAUCUGUCUAGUCAUACUGCGGCUGACUGUGUGAGAGCCAUAUGCCAAAAUCAAGAGCUUCUUCUUAUACUAGGCGAGCAUCUGGGAGCUAUAGAUCCUGGGGCAUUAGCUCGUGCAGUGGAGGCGGCAGCUGCAUCACGUCGUGCGGAUGAUACUGAGGGAUCUCGCCAUGAUGAUCAAGAAGACGAGUCUGGCGGAACUUAGUAUGCUGAGGUUAUGGUUGUAUUUUGUAUUUCCAGACUGUAGUUGCGUACUUGGACA